AUGACUGUCGAUAUCGCCUCGCUCCCUACAACCUUUGACCGCCCGGUCCACAUCGCCGUCAUCGGCGGCACCGGUCUCUCCUCGCUCCCCGGCUACCACCCCGUAGCGGCUCUCAACCCAACCACCCCCUGGGGCGCACCCUCCUCCCCGAUCCUCAUCCUCGAGCACGCCGGCGUCCCCGUCGCCUUCCUAGCCCGCCACGGCCUGCACCACCAGCACGCGCCGCACGAAGUGCCCGCGCGGGCCAACAUCGCCGCGCUCCGCGCUCUCGGCGUCCGCGCCGUCAUCGCCUUCUCCGCCGUCGGCUCGCUCCAGGAGGAGAUCAAGCCGAUGGACUUUGUCGUCCCGGACCAGAUCAUCGACCGGACCAAGGGGAUUCGGCCGUUUACGUUCUUCGAGGGCGGCGUGGUGGGCCAUGUUGGGUUUGCGGACCCGUUUGAUGCUGGGUUGGCGGGGGUCGUGCGCCGGUGUGCUGCGAGCAUGCAGGGUGAGGGCGUCACGCUGCAUGAGAAGGGGACGAUUGUGUGCAUGGAGGGUCCACAGUUUAGCACGCGCGCGGAAAGCAACAUGUAUCGCGCGUGGGGUGGGAGUGUGAUUAAUAUGAGUGCGCUUCCCGAGGCGAAGCUGGCGCGGGAGGCGGAGCUGGCGUAUCAGAUGAUUUGCAUGGCUACUGACUAUGAUUGCUGGCAUACUACGGAGGAUGUGGACGUGGCUAUGGUUCUGAAGUAUAUGGCGGCUAACAGCGAGAAUGCCAAGCACUUGGUUGGUGCCGUGCUGGAUGAGCUGUGCAAGAACGAGAACAGCGAGCUGGUGCUGGCUAAGCAGUGGGAGGGUAGUGCCCAGGGCGCUGUCAAGUUCAUGACCAAGCCUGCGGGGCGCGACCCCGAGGCCAUGAAGAGGAUUGAGUACCUGUUCCCUGGUUUCUGGAACGAGUAA